AUGGAGAGUUGCAGUGCUGAGGAGGGAUUCUUCGAUACUAGGGAAGAGGUCUCUUCCAUCUCCGAUUGGGCUUCCGAUUCCGACGGCAACGGUGUUUUCGCUAAUUCUCAGUUCGAGAUUUGGGCUGAAGCUCGGGAGUCGUUUGAAGAUAGUGCUUCGGAGGUGGAUUUCAUGUACAAGAUUAGGAACUUAGACGAUGGAAGGGAGUUUGUCUUCGAAGAACUGGAUCAAGCUGGAAUCUUUAGCAGAUUGCGGGAAUUGGGAUCAGAUUGUUCAUUUCUAGCCAUGAGGGAGCAUUCUCCAAGAUCAUCAUCGCCAUUUCAUGCUUCCGCCAUCCACUGCUCAGUUGCAUUAGGCACCGCAUUAACUUAUCCUCUUGAUACGAUCAAGGUCCUUACCCAGGUUGGUUCAAGUUCUAAUAAGCAGUUGACUCCACUUUUGGUUUUAAGAAGAGUUCAAGCUUUGUCUGGAAAUUCAGGUUUAUAUAGUGGAUUGGGUUGGUUGACUUCAGGCAGAAUUGUUGGUCUUGGCACUCGUUUUGGCGUCUAUGAAAUUUUGACAGCAUUCUAUAAAGCUAGAGAGAUGGAUUUCAAACCAAGUCGGAUGGCUGUGAUUGCAAAACAUGUUGAGGCUUUCAUUAGGGAGUUUUUCGCCAAAACCCACUUAGUCAGAUUGGAAACUGGUGGGUCAUACAUGGUUGCCUUGGAUGAGUGUCAUUUCAAAGAGCUCUUACUAGAGCAUGCACCACCUCCUCCUGCCCUUGCUGAAUUUGCCAUUGCAAACUUGAUCAAGAUGGGUUUCCCACAAAGAGUAGCAGAAGGUUCUAUAGCAAUUUGCUCCUGUCACAGAGAAGCUAAAGCAGGUGAAGGAGUAGCUUCAAAAACUUGUUUCAGUUGUUGGGAGAGCCUUCUCACUCCUGGUACUAACAAGGCUGGCCCUUGUGCGACUUGUACAAAGUGCAAGCAGUAUUUCUGCCUUGAUUGUGACAUUUAUAUUCACGAGAGCUUGCACAACUGCCCUAGCUGUGAGAGCCGAAGAAUUACCUCAGCUGCUGCCUCUGCUAUUAUGAGUUGA